AUGGUAUACCGUGAACUCCAUGAAGAGAUGGGCCAUUUAAGAUGGGAGAGAACAUUUCAAUUGGCAAAAACGCGGUUCUAUUGGCCUUAUAUCACAAAUGUGUGCUCCUGUUUGAAACAGAGACGUCCAAAAGUAUUUGCUAAAGCACCACAGCAACACCUCGCAUCUUCAGCACCGUUUGAACUAAUAUCGAUCGACUUUGUUCACUUGGAAAACAGCAAAGGUGGUUAUGAAUACAUCUUAGUCGUUGUAGAUCACUUCACCCGAUUCGCCCAGGCGUAUGCGACCCGUAACAAAUCUGCUAGAACUGCUGCUAACAAGUUAUACAAUGAUUUUGUCCUUCGAUUUGAGUUUCCGUCACGUAUUCACAACGAUCAGGGCGGUGAAUUUGAGAACAACCUGUUUAAACAUCUAGAGGAACUUUGUGGAGUACAACAUUCUAGAACAACGCCAUACCACCCCGAGGGAAAUGGACAAGCCGAACGAUUCAACCAGAUCUUGCUUGCCAUGCUCAGAACCCUGCCAGAAGAGAAGAAGUCGAAUUGGGCAGACAGUCUAAACAAAGUCGUACAUGCGUAUAACUGUACGAGGAACGAUGCAACAGGAUUCGCACCAUUCGUCCUAUUGUUUGGUAGAGCAACAAGACUACCUAUUGAUCAGAUAUUUGGACUGUGUCAUCUAUCGCAGAGUGUGUAAGUUAUCCAAAGUAUGUGGAACAGUGUGCUACGGAUACGAAAGAUGCAUACGAGAUCGUUAGAAAGAGAACGGUGCAUCAACUUCACACAAGAGGAGAGAGAGACCGAAAGCUAGAGAGCACAUAGUUUGGUACUUAAUCUAGGUGAUCGAGUCCUGGUUCGUAACUUGAGCGAACGUGGGGGAUCAGCAAAACUUAGAGCUUACUGGGAAGACAAGAUACACAUUGUGGUCGAACGAAAAGGUCAAGAUAGCCCAGUGUACAAAGUAAAGUCGGAAGGAGCAGAAGGAAGAGUACGUGUUCUUCAUAGAAAUCUGCUUCUACCCUGUCACUUUUUGGAGCAACAAUCAGCAAACAAAGGGAACAAAAGGAAUAGUAGAAAUCGGGAAGAGCGACCUGUCAAAACAUCCCACGUUACUGACGAAGCAAUGAAUGAAGCACGAGAAUCCGACACGGACAAAGAUGGCUACUCAGAUAUAAACUUCGAAGAAUACAGAUCGGCCCAGAGACCAGAACCAGUCGUAGUACCAGAUGUAGAGAUUAAUGGAGACAUUCCUAACGAAAGUCCUGAUCUGGUGAAUGUCAAUGACCAAGGUGGAGAAAAAUUAAACGGAGAAGUUCUUCCGCACAAUGAAAUCGCAAACGUAAAUGCACCAGUCCAAAACGAAAUGGCCGAGAACGAAGACCAACCAUGGAAUGACGAAAACAAUGAGGACCCUUGGCCAGCAGAACGCCCGCAACGAGUAAGACAACCACCGGUACGAUUCGGAUAUAAUCAACCGGGAAGCAUUAUUUUGUCAAGCUGUUAA